UGUCACCAACACCUGAGUUGAUUUUACUUCACAAUGGGGGUACCUCGAAGUAGCGGCUGCAUGCUCUGUGUACAACGUCGUGUGAAAUGUGAUGAGAGACUUCCUGGAUGCGUGAAAUGCGAGACCUACGGAAGACCCUGUCCGGGGUACGACCGAGGCUUCAAAUUUGUCGCGGGGAAGCCGUAUCGCUCUAGACGGCAUCUAGGGCCAAAACCUGGGCAGCAGCGGGUAGAAGAUAAGACGCAUGUUGCGGGCAUCAAUUCAGGAAGAGCCAAUCAGGCUAUACAGCAAUCUCUCAUUCAGAGGGGCACUUCAUGGUCUUUAAAAUCUACAGAUCUAAAUAUGAUGCAGAGCCUUGACACUCUGAUUGUUGAUGUCUCACAGCCCUUUCCUGCAUCGUCAACUUAUACCACCUCUCGCUGGUUUACCUAUCUUCCCGCUAUUUAUGGAAGGAACAGAACCCUGGACUCAUCCAUCAGAUGCUUUGUUGCGCAUCAUAUUGGCAUGAUGACUGGAAAUCAACAGGCUAUCAUGUAUUCCAGGUCUACAUAUGUAGAGGCUCUGAACAGACUACAACGGUCUCUGUGCAAUCCAACGGAAAGUCUCUCCUCUGAGAUCCUAUGCGCCGUCCUGCUCCAAUGUCUUUAUGAACUGUUCGCCAACGCACAUGACUCGAACUCUUGGAUAAAACAUGCCAAAGGGCUAAGUCAGCUUGUCAGUGCUAGGGGAUGUGGUCGCUACCAGACCGUGUUCGAUCAUACUUUGCUUAAAGCUUCGCGCGGUUUGAUUGUGAUGCAGUCAUUGUUCACCAAAGAGAAAUGCUUCCUAGCGUCUGACGACUGGUAUUCUGUAAUGAGGCAACAGUUCGACUCGGCCUUACCAACCGAUUUACACGCCCAAGUAGAAGAGCUCUUCGCUCUCUACACCACCAUACCGUGCUUCAUCCAUCAAUUCUUCGAUAUCAGACAAGCUGACCCCGAAGACCUAGAUAUACAGUUGAAGGCAUUCGACCUUCUCACUGAUGCCCUCAGUAUGCAAAACAAAUUAAUGGUCUGGUACGACAGAUUCAGCCGUACAGCGCCCCCACCCACUGAAGCCCUCUCAUCCAUGGGCGACGUUCUAUUUCCAACUGUUUAUUCCUUUUCGGAUGUUGAUACCGCGACAAUCUUCACCGCAUAUUACUCGUAUAUGGUCAUUAUCCAUGCAAUAUUGGGAGUCUGUCACUUUCCAGGCGAACAUGCGGCCAUGGUUGUCUACUUCCGGGAUCAGAUCUGCAAGUCCGUAGAGUUCAAUGCCCAAGGAAUUCUGGGCCCCUCGAGACUGGGAUUUCCCUUGCUUGUUGUCAAUGAAUUUGCAGAUCCUGCGACAAAGGUGUGGGUCCAGGGCUGGUUACAGCGACUUUCGACAAAUUAUAAAGUCAUGCUCCCACGAAAUUACGAACGAUAGCACUCCCAAUAUUUGAUCUUCACUUCAUUUUCUCAAAUCAUGAAACGGCAGGAUA